AAGAUGAAACUAUAAUUGACUAUUCAAAUAUUAGUGAAUUCGUAUACAAUUCAUUGAUUUCUCUUGAUAAUAUUAAUGAAUUCUAUGAAAAUGACAAUGUAGAAUUAGCUAUUGAUUUUAAUAUUGAGCUGUAUUCUGUAAUUGACAUUAUAUUAAAUGAAAAUGAUGAAA